CGCCUUCUCCCUCGCUCAGUUUUACUUGGGCCGUUUCUGUAUAAAAAAGAAAAUAAAAAGAAAAGGAAAAAACACUUUGGCCGUUAGUUUCCUGCUCAAUAAUUCAGCAUUGCUGUUUACCACUCACUACCACCUGAUCAUCAUUGUUACGGAGUAUAAACAAGAAAACUUCAUUUGUUCAGCUCAAAAUCUGCGGAGAGAAAUCUCAAGAUUAUACAUCAGUUAUGGCGAGGCACGAAGAGCUCCCAGUCCCAAUCUACUCUAUUCUAGAGCCUGUCUAUGGCGCCGGAUCUCAGUCGGAAGAAGCGGAGCACCGCUUCAGUCGUCUCAAGUCCAAGUUCAUCGAAUUCUACGGCCACCCUCCCGAAAUCUACGCUCGCUCCCCGGGGAGAGUGAAUUUGAUUGGAGAACAUAUAGACUACGAAGGUUACUCUGUCUUGCCCAUGGCUAUUCGUCAAGACACUAUCGUCGCUAUCCGGAAACGCAGUGCUGAUGAGCCCGAGAAGUUUCUCAGGAUUGGGAAUGUCAGCGAGAAAUACGCUAUCUGUACUUAUCCUGCCGAUCCUGAUCAGGUGAUUGAUCUUAAGAAUCAUAAAUGGGGUCAUUAUUUUAUUUGCGGAUAUAAAGGGUUUUACGAGUACGCCAAAUCGAAAGGAAUAGAUGUGGGUGUACCAGUUGGACUUGAUGUUCUUAUUGAUGGCAUAGUCCCAACAGGUUCUGGACUCUCAAGCUCUGCUGCAUUUGUUUGCUCCGCCACCAUAGCUAUAAUGGCUUCUUUCGGUGUCAGCUUCCAAAAGAAAGAACUUGCUCAACUUACUUGUGAAUGUGAAAGGCACAUUGGCACACAAUCUGGUGGAAUGGAUCAGGCAAUUUCUAUCAUGGCUCAAUCUGGAUUUGCAGAGUUGAUUGAUUUCAACCCAAUACGUUCAACUGAUGUUCAGCUUCCUGAUGGCGGAUCUUUUGUUAUAGCUCACUCUUUAGCUGAAUCCCAAAAGGCAGUCACUGCUGCUGUACACUACAAUAACCGGGUCGUUGAAUGCAGGCUAGCUUCUAUUGUUCUGGGCAUCAAGCUUGGGAUGGAUCCUCAUGAGGCAAUAUCGAAAGUGAAAACACUUUCUGAUGUUGAAGGCUUAUGCAUAUCAUUUGCUACUGAUCGUGGAUCUUCUGAUCCUGUCAUUGCAGUCAAGGAACUUUUGAAGGAAGAGCCAUAUAGUGCUGAAGAUAUUGAAAAUGUUACAAAAGAAAACCUUCAAACCAUCUUUGCCGAUUCCCCAUCCUCUUUGGAUGUUCUAGAAGCUGCAACCCACUUCAAAUUAUAUCAGAGAGCUGCUCAUGUUUAUUCUGAGGCUAAGCGUGUAUACGCUUUUAAAGAUACAGUAUCAUCAAGUCUAAGUGAGGAUGAAAAGCUGAAGAAACUUGGUGAUCUUAUGAAUGAGAGCCAUUACAGUUGCAGUGUUCUCUACGAGUGCAGCUGUCCUGAGCUGGAAGAACUUGUAAAGGUUUGUCGCGAUAAUGGUGCUUUGGGGGCACGGCUUACAGGAGCUGGAUGGGGUGGUUGUGCUGUGGCUCUUGUAAAAGAAAGUCACAUACCUCAUUUUAUACUCAAUUUGAAGGACCAAUAUUAUCAAUCAAGAAUUGAUAAAGGAGUCAUCAACAGGAAUGACCUAGGCAUGUAUGUUUUUGCUUCCAAUCCCUCAAGCGGUGCUGCCAUUUUCAAAUUCUAGAUAAAUUUAAUCUUCCCUGUUUUCCAUUAAACUUUUUAACCCGUUUGUAAUGAUUCUCAUGCACUCAUCAUUUAUUUAUCUUAGCAAAAUAAAAUAAUGUAUAUCUAUCCUUUCAAAAAAUAAUAAUGUAUAUCUGGUGUUUGAUGAAAUGAUGGGAGUCUAUUUAAUUACAAUGACUGGAGUUAAUUCCAAAUAUUAAUUAGUCAAUUGAUUGGGGGCUUCCAUUUUAGUUCCUAUCUUACUGUCAA